UUGCGUGUAGUAACCCACGGAAGUAACCGCUAGUUUCAACCAAGCCACUAACUCCGUAUAAUUCGGAAAAACAACAAAAACAUAUUAAAUAUUCAAACAAUGAAAUUCAUGUGCUACAUUGCGUCCUUCCUGCUGGGCAUCGUACUGUGUGCCGCACUGAGCGAAGCUGCAGCAGUCGACGCUGCUAACGAGGAACCCGUCUGCAUAUGUCCACGCGACUUCGAGCCAGUCUGCGCCGUUAAUCUGGUGACCUAUCCGAAUCGUUGCAUGUACGAUUGCAAGCGUCAGGACGAGGAGCGUAGAGGACGUAGUCUGGAAUUGCUGCGCUCCGGACCAUGCGACGAGUGACAUUUGUAAUGUGAACUUUUUUGUUUGUGCUAAGCUGAAGUGACCUCCAUUUUUUCGAAUAAUAAAAUAAAUGUGAUUAACUAAA